UUGAGUUUUGUUUCAAGAUCCAAUGCUACUAUUAAGACAUGCCACUAAUAAGUUUCUACCUUCUCUUUUUUGUGUCAAAAAUUGUUUCAGCAACUGAUACCAUAACUCACUCACAGUCUCUAACUGAAAACCAAACAUUGGUUUCCAAGAAUGAAAACUUCCAAUUCGGUUUCUUCACUCUUCCCCAAAACUCUAGCAACCGUUACCUUGGGAUUUGGUACAACAAGAUACCGGUUCAAACCGUUGUAUGGCUCGCAAACCGAGAAAAACCAGUCACAACAGAAAUACCUGCAGUCUUGAUGAUAAGCAAAACACAGAAUAAUAAUGACACACUUAUCCUCCAUCAGAAUUACUCUGUUCUGUGGUCUAUAACUCCUUCUAGAAGAGCUCGAAAUAUGGUUCUUCAGCUAUUGGAUUCUGGAAACCUUGUUCUAAGAGAACAAAAUGAUGAAAAUGAAGAGAAUUAUCUAUGGCAGAGUUUUGAUUACCCUUGUGAUACACUCUUGCCAGGGAUGAAGCUCGGCAAGGAUUUAAGGACUGAAUUCGAUAGGCGAGUAACCGCGUGGAAGAACGAGUAUGAUCCUUCAAUUGGAAAUUUGUCUUGGGGAAUGGAUGUUACCAAUUGGCCUCAACAGAUGCAGAGAGUAGGAUCAAUGAAGCAGUACAACAGAGGUUCUUGGAAUGGAAUUGACUACACUGGUAGACCUACCAUAAGGCCUAGUCCAGUUUUCGAGUUCAAGUACUUCGCCGAUGAGGAACAAGUCUACUUCAUGUUUAGCCUUGUGAAUAGCUCUGUCAAAGCUAGGAUGGUUCUGAACCAGAGCAGCUAUAAGCUCCUGCAUUUGGCGUGGGACGAGGCGGCACGAGAGUGGAAUGUUUAUGGCUUGUUACCAAGAGAUUUUUGUGAUGACUAUGGUGCUUGUGGUCCUAAUGGUAAUUGUGAUGUUAGCAAGUUACCAUAUGCUUGUGAUUGUUUGAGAGGGUUUAGGCCUAAGUCAUCAAAAGAUUGGAAGGCAAUGAGCUACCAAGGAGGUUGCUUGCGCGACAAGCCACUGAAUUGCGAAAGCGAUGGAUUUAUUAAGUAUGGGAAGAUGAAAGUGCCUGAUACUGAGAAUUGUUGGUACUUGAAUCAGAGCAAGAACUUGGAGGAGUGCAGAGAUACAUGCUUGAGGAAUUGUUCUUGUAUGGCUUAUACGAAUUCCGAUAUUCGAGGAGAAGGCAAUGGCUGUGCUUUGUGGUUUGGUGAUCUUAAUGACUUGAGGAUUCAACCAAAUGCAGGGCAAGACCUAUAUGUUAGAGUGCCAGCUUCAGAAUUAGAUACAAACAAUGGAGCCAAGAUGAAGAUAGGAAUUGCAGUUGGUGGUACUAUUACAAUUUUAUGUGGAUUAUUGUUAGCUCUUUAUUUCAUAUUCAUAAGAGGAAGGAGUGCAACAAUGAAAAAGAGUGCAUCAGUAGCAGAUCAUUCAAAGGAAGAACAGGAAGAGGAUUUGGAGCUUCCUUUGUUUGACCUAUCUAGUAUAGUUAGUGCUACUGACAACUUUUCAAUCAACAAUAAGCUUGGAGAAGGUGGUUUUGGACCAGUAUACAAGGGAACAUUGGAAAAUGGAGAAGAAAUUGCUGUCAAGAGACUUUCUAGAGGCUCCAAACAAGGUGUCAAGGAAUUUAAGACUGAAGUCGCAUUAAUAGCUAAACUUCAACACCGUAAUCUUGUAAAGCUUUAUGGAUCUUGCAUUCAAGACCAAGAGAAAUUGCUUAUAUAUGAAUAUAUGCCUAACAAAAGCUUAGAUUUGUUCAUAUUUGAUCAAACCCAACGGAUGCUGAUGGAUUGGUCUAAGCGAUUUCACAUAAUUUGCGGAAUUGCUAAGGGUCUUCUUUAUCUUCAUCAAGAUUCAAGACUCAUAAUUAUUCAUAGAGAUCUCAAAACGAGCAACAUAUUAUUGGAUAGUGAGAUGAAUCCUAAGAUAUCGGACUUUGGCUUGGCUAGAAUUUUAGAGGUGGACCAAACCUCAAAAACUUCGCGCGUUGUUGGAACUUAUGGAUACAUGGCACCAGAAUAUGCAUUAGAUGGAAACUUUUCGGUAAAAUCAGAUGUCUAUAGUUUUGGUAUUUUAUUGCUGGAGAUAAUAUCUGGAAGGAAAAAUAAAGGAAACCAUCGCCAGAAAGACGGUACAAACCUUAUUGAAUAUGCAUGGAAUUUCUGGACAGAAGGAAGGCCUUUAGAAUUGAUUGAUGAAUAUAUGAUAGACUAUUGCAAUAUCUCUGAAGCAUUGCGAUGCAUCCAAAUUGGUCUUUUGUGUGUGCAACAAAAUCCACAUGAUAGACCAAACAUAUCAUUUGUGGUUAUGAUGUUAGGUAGUGAAAUUCAAUUGCCUCUUCCAAAAGAACCAGCUCUUUUUGUUGGAAAGUAUUCAUGUCAGGAAUAUUCUUCUUCAUGUAUAAAUGAUGCACCUUCUGUUAAUGAGUUAAGUAUCUCAGAUUUAGAAGCUCGUUCUCUAAGUGAAAACCAAACAUUAGUCUCCAAGAAUGGAGACUUUGAACUUGGUUUCUUCACUCUUGAUAACUCCACCAACAUCAAUUAUUACCUUGGCAUUUGGUACAAGAACAUCCCAGUCAGAACCAUAGUAUGGGUUGCAAAUCGUGAAAAGCCCGCCACAAAUCACAACUUUGUUGUGUUGCUGAUAAACAACACAGCAAAUAGCACAAUCCUCCUUACUCAGAAAAACAAGAACACUGUUCUAUGGUCUGUGAGCAUAUCAAGAAAACCCAAGAAUCCAAUUCUACAACUGUUGGAUUCAGGAAACCUUGUUCUGAGAGAUGAAAAUGAUGAGAAUGAAGAGAAGAACUAUCUAUGGCAAAGUUUUGAUUAUCCUGGUGAUACACUCUUGCCAGGAAUGAAGGUUGGGAAGGAUUUGAGAACUGGUUUCGAUUGGCGUGUAACGGCGUGGAAGAAUGAGAAUGAUCCUUCACCAGGAACCUUGAAUUGGGUUAUGGAUGUUACCAAGUGGCCUGAACCGAUGCAGAGGAUUGGAACAGUGAAGCAGUACAAUAGUGGUCCUUGGAAUGGAGUUCAAUACAGUGCCAAACCAACAAACAAGCCUAGCCCGGCUUUCGAGUUCAUCUACUUUGCUGAUGAAAACCAAGUUUACUACAUGUUCAAACUUGUUAACAACUCUGUCAAAGCUAGAAUGAUGUUGAACCAAACCACAAACAAGAUUAUGCAGCUUGUGUGGACACAAGGUGUUUGGAAGAUGUAUGGUUCGAUGCCAAGGGAUUUUUGUGAUGAGUAUGGUGCUUGUGGUCCUAAUGGGAAAUGUGACAUGGCUGAGUCUCCAAAUGAUUGUGAAUGUUUGAGAGGGUAUAGGCCUAAGUCGCCAAAAGAAUGGAUCGGAUUGAAUUAUGAAGGAGGUUGCUUGCGCGACAAGCCACUGAAUUGCGAAAGCGAUGGGUUUAUUAAGUAUGUUAAGAUGAAGGUGCCUGAUACUGAGAAUUGUUGGUACUUAAAUCAGAGUAUGAACUCGGUUGAGUGCAGAGAUAAGUGCUUGAGGAAUUGUUCUUGUAUGGCUUAUGCGAAUUCGGAUAUUGGAGGAGAAGGCAAUGGUUGUGCUUUGUGGUUUGGUGAUCUUAAUGACUUGAGAGUUCAACCAAAUGCAGGGCAAGAUCUUUAUGUUAGAGUUCCUGCCUCAGAAUUAGGUAUGGUGGAUAUCUUGCUCUUAGUUCUCUACUUCACUUGCAUAAGAGGAAGAAGUUCCAAGGCCAAAGAGAAUGCAGCAAUAAUGGAUAGUUUCAUUGAAGAACAAGAGGGUCAUCUAGAGCUUCCAUUGUUUGAUCUAUCUAGUUUAGCUAAAGCUACUGGUAACUUUUCAAUCAAUAAUAAGGUUGGAGAAGGUGGUUUUGGACCUGUAUACAAGGGAUUAUUGAAAAAUGGGCAAGAGAUUGCUGUUAAAAGACUUUGUAGAGGUUCUGUACAAGGGCUCAAAGAAUUCAAAAAUGAAAUUGCGCUGAUUGUUAAACUUCAACAUCGUAAUCUUGUGAAGCUUCAUGGAUGUUGCAUUCACAAUGAAGAGAAAAUGCUUGUAUAUGAAUACUUGCCAAACAAAAGUUUGGAUCUCUUCAUAUUUGAAAAUUGUGAACAGCCACACCUCAAAGCGUUGAAAAAAUAUAGGAAGCACUCGAUGGAAGUGCUUCUUUCUUUGAUGCUAUUCAAUCUUCAUCUCCUUCUUCUUGUUCUUCUUCCUUUCACCUACACCAGUGUCUCAGCUGAUUCUUCCUCUGGGUUGAAAAAUGACACCAUGUGUGACUAUUACAGAUUUUGUGGAGCAAAUGGGAACUGUGAUCUUACAAACCCAAAACUAUGCGUGUGUUUAGAUGGUUUCACACCAAAGGACCCAACUUCCUAUGAUUCCUCAGACUUCAAAAUGGGAUGUGUUAAGAACAAAGCAUGGAAUUGCAGCACUGAUGUGUUUGUUGGAUACUCUGUGCUUCAUGAACCAAAUGGAACUUCUUCUUUGUUGAACCAACAAAGCCUGGGAGGUGAAGAUUGCAAGGGAAAGUGCUCUAGUGAUUGUUCUUGCAUGGCUUAUACUAUAAUUGGGAGUGGUUGCAAAUUGUGGAGUGGUGAUUUGUUUGAUGUUAGGUUCGUUAAGGAAGGAGGUCAAGGUAUCUAUAUUAGAACACCAGCUUCGGAUAAAGGGAAAAAGGGUGGUGGAGGGGGAAAUCAAGGUAAAAAUGAGGGAUUGGUAGUAGGAAUAGUUGUUGGGAGCACGAUAAUUGUGAUUUCAGGGAUGAUUCUGGCUUCUUGUUGCUUUCUCAGGAAGAGAACACAGUCAAAAGCAUUGGGACAUGUAAGGAUAAAUGAGAUGGUUAGUUAUCAAACUCAUACCAAUGAACAAAAGGAAGAUCUGGGGCUUCCAUUAUUUGAUCUGAAAAGAAUAGCUGUGGCCACUGAUAAUUUCUCCCCCAACAAUAAGCUUGGAGAAGGCGGUUUUGGCCCCGUAUACAAGGGUAUACUAGAUGAUGGGCGACAAAUUGCUGUGAAGAGGCUUUCGAGUAGUUCUGGUCAAGGCCUACAUGAGUUCAAAACGGAAGUAAAACUAAUAGCUAAACUUCAACACCGAAAUCUUGUAAAGCUUUUCGGAUGUUGCAUCCAAGAAAAGGAGAAACUACUGAUUUACGAAUACAUGCCUAACAGAAGUUUGGACUAUUUUAUUUUUGAUCAAACACAAGGGAAUGUUUUGGAUUGGCCUAAGCGCUUUAAUAUCAUUCGUGGGAUUGCUAGAGGCUUGCUCUAUCUUCAUCAAGAUUCAAGGUUGAGAAUUAUACAUAGAGAUCUUAAAGCAAGUAAUGUUUUGUUAGAUAAUAAGUUGGACCCCAAGAUAUCAGACUUUGGUUUAGCUAGAAGUUUUGGAGGGGAUCAGAGUAACGCAAAUACAAACAGAGUUGUCGGAACUUUCGGAUAUAUGGCUCCAGAAUAUGCUGUUAAUGGACAAUUUUCAGUAAAAUCUGAUGUCUUUAGCUUCGGAGUUUUAAUACUUGAAAUCGUAUCCGGAAAGAGAAAUAGAAAGUUUUAUUAUUCAAACAACAACGAUAGCCUAUAUGGGCAUGCAUGGGAUUUAUGGAAGCAAGGAAGGUCAUUAGAGCUUGUAGAUGAAAGCCUCAAAGAUUCAUGGAAUUUGAGUGAAGUAGAACGUUGUAUCCACAUUGGUCUCCUUUGUGCACAACAAUAUCCCCAUGAUAGGCCAACCAUGUCUUCUGUGGUUCUAAUGUUGGGAAGUGAUUUUGAUUUGCCUCUACCUGAAAUUCCUACAUUUUUCAUUGUUGAACCUUUUGAUGCUUCAAGCUCCUCCACUGGUAAAAAUGACUUGAGCAUUACAGAGAUGGAAGCUCGAUGACCAAAAUCACAUAUAAGUUUUUUUUUUUUUUUUUUUUAAGUCAUUAUAGUCGCAUUAUUUAUGUAGUUGUCAUCAGAUAUAGAUAGUAUAGUCAGAUUUCUGAUUAUAGUUGCAUUAUUUAUGUGUAUCAUAAAGUUUUGUAUAGUUGUAAUCAGAUACAGAUAGUAUAGUCAGAUUUCUGAAUGUUCUUCUAGA